CUCCAGCGUCCAGGCUCUACAGGUGACCAGCGCCACAGCCACUCCGACGCCACCACCUUAGCUGCCAUCACCGCAGACUCGAGCCGCAGCCUAAGCAGGUGCCACCAUGCCAGUGAAGAAGUACCUGCUGAAGGGCCUGCACCGGCUGCAGAAGGGCCCGGGCUACACCUACAAGGAGCUGCUGGUGUGGUACUGCAACAAUACCAACACGCACGGCCCCAAACGCAUCAUCUGCGAAGGUCCCAAGAAGAAGGCCAUGUGGUUCCUGCUCACGCUGCUCUUCGCCUGCCUGGUGUGCUGGCAGUGGGGCGUCUUCAUCCAGACCUACCUGAGCUGGGAGGUCAGCGUCUCCCUCUCCAUGGGCUUCAAGACCAUGAACUUCCCGGCGGUCACCGUCUGCAAUUCCAGCCCCUUCCAGUACUCCAAGGUCAAGCACUUGCUGAAGGACCUCGAUGAACUGAUGGAGACUGUCUUGGACAAGAUUCUGGCUCCUGAGCCCAGUCACACCAACACCACCAGAACCCUGAACUUUGCCAUCUGGAACCACACACCCCUGGUCCUUAUUGAUGAACGGAACCCUAACCGCACAGUGGUCCUCGACCUGUUUGGGGACAGUCACAAUGGCAGCAGUCCAGGAAGCGCCUGCAAGGCCCAGGGGUGCAAGGUAGCCAUGAGGCUGUGCAGCGUCAACGGGACUGUGUGUGCCUUCCGGAACUUCACCAGUGCUACCCAGGCCGUGACUGAGUGGUAUAUCCUGCAGGCCACCAACAUCUUCUCACAAGUGCCUCGAGAGGACCUGGUGCGCAUGGGCUACUCCCCUGAUCGCAUAAUCCUAGCCUGCCUGUUCGGGACAGAGCCCUGCAGCCAUCGGAACUUCACACCUAUCUUCUACCCUGAUUAUGGCAACUGCUACAUCUUCAACUGGGGCAUGACAGAGAAGGCACUUCCGUCUGCCAACCCUGGGACUGAAUUCGGUCUCAAGUUGACCCUGGACAUCGGCCAGGAGGACUAUGUCCCCUUCCUUGCAUCCACAGCAGGGGCCAGGCUGAUGCUGCAUGAGCAGAGGACGUACCCCUUCAUCAGAGAAGAGGGCAUCUACGCUAUGGCAGGAACCGAGACGUCCAUCGGUGUGCUGGUGGACAAGCUGCAGCGCAAGGGGGAGCCCUACAGUCCUUGCACCAUGAAUGGUUCCGAUGUCGCCAUUCAGAACCUCUACAGUGACUACAACACCACGUAUUCCAUCCAGGCUUGUCUUCACUCCUGUUUCCAAGACCACAUGGUCCACAACUGUAGCUGCGGCCACUACUUGUACCCACUGCCUGCUGGGGAGAAAUACUGCAACAACAGAGACUUCCCAGACUGGGCCUACUGCUACCUAAGCCUACAGAUGAGUGUGGCCCAGAGAGAGACCUGCCUCAGCAUGUGCAAGGAGUCCUGCAAUGACACCCAGUACAAGAUGACCAUCUCCAUGGCUGACUGGCCUUCCGAGGCCUCUGAGGAUUGGAUCUUCCAUGUCCUGUCUCAGGAGCGGGACCAGAGUGCAAACAUCACCGUGAGCAGGUCUGGUUUGGGUCUCCCCACUCCUGACAGCAACUCAGGCUGGAGGUGGGCAGGGUGCCUUGACGUGCCCUUCCCAUGGGACACAUGUGUGCACCCAUCCUGGGAGGGAGCACAGGCCAUGGUCCCAGCCUGCCUUGCUGCCUCCUGUAGGAAGGGUGUUGUCAAGCUCAACAUCUACUUUCAAGAGUUCAACUACCGCACCAUCGAGGAAUCUCCAGCCAACAAUAUUGUGUGGCUGCUCUCUAACUUGGGGGGCCAGUUUGGCUUCUGGAUGGGGGGCUCAGUGCUGUGCCUCAUUGAGUUUGGGGAGAUCAUUAUCGACUUCAUUUGGAUCACCAUCAUCAAGCUGGUGGUCUCCUGCAAAGGCCUGCGCAGGAAGCGGCCACAGGCACCAUACACUGGCCCGCCACCCACCGUGGCUGAGCUGGUGGAGGCCCACACCAACUUUGGCUUCCAGCCUGACACAACCAGCCACAGUCCCCAUGCUGAGGUCUACCCUGAGCAGCAGACUCUGCCCAUUCCAGGCACCCCACCCCCUAACUAUGACUCCCUGAGGCUGCAGCCGCUGGACACCAUAGAGUCAGACAGUGAAGUUGAGGCGGUUUAGGCCCCACCCGCCCAGCAGCUGGUGAACUUGAAACUGAAGUUACAACCAUUGCCAGUGCCUUGUUCUAUUAGGCCUCAUCCAAAGAGCCAGGAACACAAGUGCCCAUGCCAGAGCCCAUGUACCUUUAGAGCAGCCAGCAGUAACUGGUCAGCCCCAGGCUGAGGGGUCCAGACGAUCAAGAUGCUGGUACCAGUAUCCUGGAGUUCUAAACUUGCCUGGCUUCUGCCCACACUUCCCACAGUCUUUGCUCUGUGUUGCCCUAUGGCCUAGUAGACAGGUUCCAGAAAGCCCUGGAGUCCCUCUCCUGAUGGUAGGCCACUUCCCUCUGUGUGUGUCACCACCUCAGUCCUCCAGAAUCAGUGACCUUGCCCUAGUCGGCACUGGCAUCCUGUUAAAAGACCAGGUUGGGGUGGGGGUGGGGGUUGCUACAGAUCAUGGGGAGGGAGCAUCAGGUAGGAAGGCUUGUCAGGGGGAGCGCAUGCUUUGUUUAGAAAAUAAAGAGAAAAAACACCGAGUGGAGAUUUGUCCUUUAUCCCAGUAGGUAGCUGGGGUGUCCUG